GUACAAUGCUGAUAUUUUAUUUUAUAUAAAUCACAGAUCCCAAUCAAUUUAUUAUUUCGAUAAGAUAUAAUAUUUAUAUUAAACUCAUCUUUAAGCAAAAAACAUGUUAUGUUGUCCAAGAUAUUAAGUGUAAAAUGUUUUAACCUAAUUUAAAAUUCAAUAUGGAAAAGUCAAUUAUAAUAUUUAUUGUAGUUUUUUUGGGAAUCACCCUUUCUUUGGACGAGGUGGAAUGGAAGAAUUUUAAGAAUACACAUUUUAAAAGAUAUAAUGACAUUGAAGACAAGCUGAGAUUUAAAGUAUUUCAAGACAGCCUUAGAGUAAUAGAAGCACAUAAUGAUAAAUACAACAAGGGAGAAGUGUCUUAUUUUCUAAAAACUACACAGUACGCUGACUGGACAAACGAAGAAUUUAGAUCUUUAUUAAAUAGUAAUCUUAAUACAAAACUUUAUACAAAAAAUAUUAGUAGAGGGUUUAAUUCAAAGUCAAAGGCUAAAAUUCCGCCAUCAGUGGACUGGAGAAAUGAAAAAGCUGUAACAGAAGUUAAAGACGAAGGAACUUGUGGUUGCGGUUGGGCUUUUAGUGCGAUUUUCUGUGAGAAGAAGUUUCAAGUCGACCAACAUUUAAAUACUGCUACUCAUAAGUUGAAGCUAAAAAAGAUGGCAUUAGGACCCGUUCAGCAGUCCAUUAAUACAUCUCUUCAAAAUGUUCAAGAUCAAGAUGAAUCAAAAAAAGAAAAACGUUUGUUUAAUCAAGACCUGUGUAAAGCUUUGUUGACAGCAAACAUUCCGUUAAAAAAAUUACAAAAUAUACAUUUUAGGCAAUUUUUGCAAAAAUAUUGUAACUUCAAUAUUCCUAACGAGGCAACGCUAAGAAAGGGCAAUGUGAAUGCAUUGUAUGAUGGAGUAAUUGAGGAAAUUAAAGUUUCUUUAAGCGAUAACACCUUUUACGUAAUUGUCGAUGAAAGUACAGAUGCAUGUGGUCGAUAUAUGGUGCAUCUUAUAAUCGGCGCCUUAAAAGAGGAUGAACCAGGAAACCUUAUUUAAUAGCUGCAAAACAACUGGAGAAAACCAAUAAUGUGACUGUAAGCCGUUUCAUUCAGCAAACACUCUCUGCUUUAUUUUUGCCAACAGAAAUAAAAAGUGAACAUUUUUUAAUAUUUUUAUCAGAUGCCGCUCCGUAUAUGGUAAAGGUAGGACAAAAUUUGAAAAUAUUUUACCCAAAUAUGGUACACGUCACUUGUCUUUUACAUGGCAUAAACAGAGUAGCAGAAGUUCUUAGAGGUGAAUUUGAUUUAAUCAAUAAAUUAAUUUCAAACGUUAAAAAAGUAUUUUUGAAAACACCUUUACGUGUGCAAAGGUAUAAAGAAAAAUUACCAGGUGUAAACUUGCCUCCAGAGCGCGUAAUUACAAGACGGGGAACAUGGAUUAAAGCAGCAAUUUUCUACGCAAAUCAUUUUGAUGCCAUAAAAGACGUUGUGUUAGAUAUUCAAAAUGACUCGCAGUGUGUAACUGAAAGUCAAGAACUUUUAAGUAACGUACAAAUUGCUAAAGAACUUAUGUUCAUAAAAGUUAAUUUUAGUUUUUUACCAGAUCUAAUAAAGUCAUUAGAACAAAGGAAUUUACAAUUAA